CUAACGCCGUUUUCAAGACUGCUUCCGCCCAGUCAUACUGUCCACACAAUAGUCGUCGCUUCUUCCUUUCCUCCUCCUCUUCUUCUAGUUGUGCUUUCUCUUCCUUUCAAUUAACCUCUCCCUGGCGUUCCUCUUUUGCUACUGCGACGCAUCAGAAGAACGUAGCUGUCGCCAUGUCUACCUCCGCUGCCGAUCUCGUCUCCUCCGUUGAGGGCCUCUCUCUCCAGUCCACCACCGAGACCUCCAAGUUCCCCAACUGCUACCCCUCUUUGAACGUCGUCGAUGUCUACAGAGAGCACAUCGCUGAGAAGCUGAGCGCUGCCACUGACAUUGACGCCGAGAAGAUCUACUCUCGCCUGUCAUGGACGAACUCCCUCGACAAGGGUGACUUGGUGUUGCCGGUCGCCGCUCUUCAAAUCAAGAAGAACCCCCAGGAGCUUUGCAAGGAACUCGCCGAGAAGUUCCCCGAAUCCGACCUCGUCCUCCCCCCCGUCCCCUUCGGAGUCCACCUUCAAUUCUUCUUCAAGCCGGAAAUCCUCACCUCCGAUGUCAUCAACCGCAUUCUCAAGCAGAAGUCCGCCUAUGGUACCAACGGCAACCAGGGUCUCCGCGACGCCGCCGAUCCUUCCAAGGGUCGCAAGAGGAUCAUCGUCGAGUUCUCCUCGCCCAACAUUGCGAAGCCUUUCCACGCGGGUCACCUGCGCAGUACGAUCAUCGGUGGUUUCCUGGCCAACCUCUACACCGUCAUGGGAUGGGAUGUGAUCAAGAUGAACUACCUCGGUGACUGGGGUAAGCAGUACGGUCUGCUGGCCAACGGUUUCAAGCAGUUCGGUAACGAGGAGCAAUUGACCAAGGACCCCAUCAACCACCUGUUCGACGUCUACGUCAAGAUCAACAACAUCGUCUCCCAGCAGGAGGCUCCCAUCAAGGAGCUCAAGGAACAGAUCAAGGCCAAGAAGGAGAAGGGCGAGGAUGUGGCGGAGCUGGAGCAGGAGCUGCAGAAGCUCGUUGAUGCCAGUGAGGACGAGAGUGCCCGUCGCUACUUCAAGAGCAUGGAGGACGGCGACCCCGAGGCCCUCGCUCUGUGGCGCCGCUUCCGUGACCUCAGUAUCAAGAAGUACGAGCAGACCUACGCUCGUCUCAACAUCGAGUUCGACGUCUACUCCGGCGAGUCUCAGAUCAAGCAGGAGAGCAUGACCGCUGCUUACCAGACCCUUGAGAAGACCGGUGUCUCCGAGAAGUCCGAGGGCGCUGUCAUCGUGGACUUCACCAAGCACGGUGCCAAGAAGCUCGGCAAGGCUAUCAUUGUCCGCAAGGACGGCACGCCCCUCUACCUGACCCGUGAUAUCGGCGCCAUCACCGAGCGUGCGGAGAAGUACAACUUCGACAAGAUGAUCUACGUUGUUGCCGCUCAGCAGGAUCUGCACUUGGCUCAACUGUUCAAGAUCACCGAGCUGAUGGGUCACAAGGACUUGGCCAACCGCUGCCAGCACAUCAACUUCGGUAUGGUCCGUGGUAUGAGCACCCGUAAGGGCACUGUCAAGUUCUUGGACGAUAUCCUCCGUGAUGUGGGUGACAAGAUGCACGAGGUCAUGAGGAAGAACGAGGAGAAGUACAAGCAGGUCGAGAACCCCGAGGAGACCGCCGACAUCCUGGGUAUUACCUCCGUCAUGGUCCAGGACAUGACUGGCAAGCGUAUCAACGGCUACGACUUCAACCUGGAUGCCAUGACCUCCUUCGAGGGUGACACUGGUCCUUACCUCCAGUACGCCCACGCCCGUCUGUGCUCCAUUGUCCGCAAGUCCGGCCUCAAUGUCGAGGAGCUCGGCGAUGCCGAUCUCAGCCUGCUCAAGGAGCCUCACGCCAUCGACCUGGCCCGCCAGCUCGCCCAGUGGCCCGAUGUCCUGCUCAACACCACCAAGACCCUGGAGCCCACCACCAUCCUCACCUACCUCUUCCGCAUGACCCACGUCCUGAGCUCCAGCUACGAUGUCUUGAAGGUCGUCGGUAGCGAGCCCGAGCUCAAGAAGGCCCGUAUGGCGUUGUACGAGUCUGCCCGCCAGGUUCUUCACAACGGCAUGCGGGUUGUCGGUCUGAGCCCCGUCAACCGUAUGUAAACGGACGCGACAAGGAAAUGAAAUAAAAAAGUCAAACUAGAAUCUUGAAUAGCUAUUUUUGUUACAUGUUAUGAAUACCUAGCAUUGGAUCCAGCCUUCUCUUUUCU